AAUUCACUUUAUAUCUUUUUAUCCUCAGGCCAUUGAGAGUUUGCUUGAUAGACUCAUUUUUCCUAUCAUGCUCAAUGCCAUACCAGAUGCGGUGGCAGCAUCAGAUUUAUGUUCAGAGACAAAUCUCCAACACUUGUCAACCGGAUUGUCAACGUACGUAGUGUCCAUAUUAAAUGUCUAAAACAGCUUUUGUAAUAAAUAUUAAAAACUAAAUGUUACCAUUUAAUAGAGUUGAUGAGCUUCUUGGUGGUCAGGGCUGGUCUACAGGAGAAGUCAGCGAGAUUUGUGGAAUCUCAGGCUCUGGCAAGACACAGUUGUGCCUCAGUACCAUGUCUACCAUGCUGAUCCAAGACAGGUCAUCGUAUGCUAUCUGGAUUGAUACCCUUGACGGAGGAUUCUCUGGUCAACGAACCUCAGAUAUUAUCCAGACCCAACUAUCUCAACAAGAAGACUUUGAUGUGCCUAAAGAGCAAGCUCUGGAAAUUCUCUCAAGGAUCCAUCUUUGUGCUUGUCAAGAUAUUUUUGACAUCAUAAAUGCAAUUGAGUCAAUAAGGAAGGGCCUUGAGCAACCUACUGUCGCAUCCUUGUCGUCUAUACGGCUCAUUGUAAUUGAUUCCAUGAGCGAAGUGCUUACGAAGCUAAUGCAGAAUGAUAACAACACUGGAUAUGCUACUAUGAUGCAUUUAUCAAGAGAACUUCGACGUAUAGCUAUUGACUUUAACCUCACGGUUUUGGUAGGAUGACAAAAGACGUGAUUGGUGUUAUUUAUGCUACUACAUGAUAUCUGUCUUUGAACUCAUUCUUUCAAAGGUGACUACUAUGUCU